AGCCAUCCAAGUGGAUAUCAAGCAGCAGGUGGAGAAAAAAAUCUGAAUAUAAAUUUUAUGAUUUCAAGAUCUAGGAAUUAAAAGACAGAGACGACGGCGAAUGAUCAAAAUCUUUGUAAUAAAAGAAAAAGAGGGCACUACAAUUGUACAAUUACUCACUUUAAUUAGGUAGAGAGCUAAGCCCAAGUGUCGAGCUAUUCGGGAUUCUGGUAGAAAUGGCUGCGCCGGCGAUUGCUACGGUGGCUGGCACCAAAAUCUUUUCUUAAAGUUGAAACCCUUACACUUUGUCAGUUCUCAGUUUUGUUUGGGCAAUUGGGCUUAUCAGCUGCAGCUGGAUUCGUAGCAGCGACAGGUUUAGUAGCUGCGGACCGAGUCGAUCGAAGCUUGUAGAAGCUCUUAGUUUACCAGAAGCAACAAACUUCUUCGAUUGGUUAAGCAACUGUUUUUUGAAAUUUGGUGAAAGAUUUAUCUGUUCAUCUCUAAUGAAAUAAGUAGCAGAAAACUUGAAAAGAAGGCUAUUUGUAUCUCUUCUCCUUCUUCAUUUUUAGUUUAUCUGCUAUAUCGGGUUUUCUGAAGAGAAAGGAAAAAUGCAAAAGAAUGAUGAAUCGAACGUAUAGAAAUGUAGUGAACUGGCUUAGCCCAAUCCCUAAAUUCCCUCCCCUGAAAUCAUCCAUUGAAUCGCUCUGUAAUGCCAAAAGGCUUACGGAAGCCCUAAGGCUUGCUUUUGACAACCCUAUCGAAGCAGACUAUACUCUUUACUCAAAUAUAAUUCAGCUUUGCAUUGACCUGAAGGCUCAUAAGCAGGGUCGUUUGGUUCACUCCCAUAUUAUAACUACUGGGUUUCCUUCAAAUGUUCAUUUAGGAACCAAGUUGAUCAUUUUCUACACAAUGUCUAGUGACAUGGUGUCCGCCCGCAAGAUGUUUGAUAAAUUGCCUGAAAGGAAUGUGGUUUCAUGGACUGCACUCUUAUCUGGGUACUCUCAGAAUGGGGAUUCACAAGAAGCCCUUAAUGUGUUUGUUGCUAUGCAUAGGGAAGGGGUGAGGGCAAAUCAGUUUACUUAUGGAAGUGUUUUGAGGGCAUGCACUAGUGUGUCAUGUAUAAAUUUAGGAAAACAAAUACAAGGGUGCAUUCAGAAGAGUAGGUUUGUGGAUAAUUUAUAUGUACAGAGUGCGUUGGUUGAUUUUAAUUCCAAGUGCGGCGAAAUGGAGGAUGCUUUUUGUGUUUUUGAGUUAAUGGCAGAGAGGGAUUUAGUUUGUUGGAAUGUCAUGAUUUCUGGAUAUGCUUUUCGAGGCUAUAACAUUGAUGCAUUUCUGCUUUUCCGUUGGAUGUUCAGACAAGGUAUACUUCCCGAUUGCUUCACAUUGGGAAGUGUUCUCAAAGCAUCUGUAGGAGGUGGCAAGUGUGGUGGACUAGCAAAAAUCAGUAUGAUACAUGGAUGUAUCAUUCGACUUGGUUAUGGGUCGUAUAGUAUUAUUAGUGGGGCGUUAGUUGAUGCCUAUGUGAAAUGUGGAAACCUGGCCAAUGCAAGUUAUAUAUACAAGAAGAUGCAGAACAAGGAUAGGAUUUCCUGCACUGCGCUAAUUACUGGAUACGCACGUGAAGGUAAAAAUAUAAAUGAGUGCCUAGAACUGUUUUGUCAAUUACAUCGGAAUCAUAGGGAAAUUGAUAGCAUAAUUUUGUGCUCUAUGAUCAACAUAUGUGCCAAUACAGCGUCACUGUCUUUGGGGAGACAACUACAUGCUAUUGCGAUCAAAUAUCAAAGCACUCUUGAUGUGGCGAUGAGUAAUGCUUUGGUUGAUAUGUAUGCAAAAACAGGAGAAAUUGAAGAUGCCAACAAUGUUUUUCAGCACAUGACGAAGAAAAAUGUAAUAUCAUGGACGUCAAUGAUCUCCGCAUAUGGUGUGCAUGGUCGAGGAGUCGAUGCAGUUUCAUAUUUUAAGAAGAUGGAGCGCGAAGGCUUUGAGCCAAAUGAUAUAACAUUCUUGUCUCUCCUGUUUGCUUGUAGCCAUAAUGGGUUGACUGCUGAAGGAUGGGAAUGUUUUAGUGAGAUGGUUAGAAAAUAUAAAAUUGUUCCAAGAGAUGAGCAUUACUCUUGCCUAGUGGACAUUUUCGCACGCAGCGGCUGUUUGAAUGAAUCAUAUGAUUUGAUUUGCAGGAUGAAUAUAAAACCUAGUGCCUCUCUUUGGGGUUCAGUUCUUGGGGCAUGUAGCAUAUAUGGCAAUAUGGACCUUGGAAAGGUAGCAGCCAGGCAUUUGUGCAAUAUCGAACCUACAAAUGCAGUUGGCUAUGUGGUUCUAGCAAGUAUGUAUUCUGCAGCUGGCCUAUGGGAUAGCGCUUGGAAGGAACGGGAUGUGGUUCAAACUAGAAGGUUACCAAAAGAUCCUGGUUACAGCCUUUUUCAUUCUGGCAAUGAUAUGGUAGCACUUCUACCUACUGGCUGAUACAUGAAAAUGAUCCAGAUCUUCCUUGUAAUGUUUCACUCUAACUGUCAAAUCUGUGAUUUAGCUUUGGAGGUAAAUGAAAACCUUGUACCUUUUCUAUAUGAAAUUUCAGUUUUUGAUAUAGCUACAUCUUAAAACUUCUAAGUUCAGCCUACUUUAAGUCUAAUGUUAUUGUGGUAGAUACCUUGUGGAAUUAGCUGAGGUGUGCGCAAGUUAGCCUGGACAUCACGGUUACAAAAAGAAAAAAUUAGAGUCUAAAUUUCAUUCUCAACAUUUUUAGGACUUGGUGCUACUUGAACACUGUAUCAGUCCGAGUUUAGCUAUUUUAAUAUAGGCCUAAAAAAGCUAAAAUAGAUCUUCUACAAUAUUGUUCCUCAUUUUUCUUAGGUGAAAGCCGAUUUGACAGAGGGAUCUGCUAAACUAGCCGAUGCCAUUGGUGAUGAUUCUGAUGUAGUAAUAUGUACUACAGGUUUCUAUCAAAACACUCUGGAGAGAAGCCAACCUAUUAUUGUACCAAAGCUGGAGAAAGUGGCUUCAAAUGAGGGGUUUUAAUGUGAAGCAAAAAGAUGAACCAUGGCAAUCAAGAGUAUAAAGAAAGGAGAAAAGGGCAGCUAGCAAUUGAUUCAGAGAUUUUUCAAGAUUAUACCUAAUCAUGUGAUGGAAAUGGAAGUGAACAAAAAAAAAAUCUGGGGACACACUAUAAACUUAGAAAAACUUUCUUUAUUUCUAAAUUUUGUGUCGUCACAUAGUGCCAUAUAAAUUGGAACGGAGGGAAUAAUUAUUGAUAUGCUUAGAACAUAGCUAAGAAAGAUCAAAGAUUAACAAUGGUACUUGUUCGAAGUAUAUAAACAGAUGUACAAUUAUCAGUUAA